AUCGUGCAUGCAGAGUUCGUGCGCGUUCGGUCCGUUUACGCGUACGUUCGCAGCGCACACGCAUAUCACAAUCACGUCUCCUUCAGCAUACUCUCUAAACGUAUCACAGUGUCCUCCUAUCAGUGGUAACACACCAUCGAAAAUUCAACACGCAGCCAACGAAAACAUUAAAACACAAUGUGCGUUACUUAAAACUCAAUUCAUUAUUAACAUUAUUGGUGAUUUUGUACUUGUGGACUUGUCUAGAUAAUAUCAGUGGAAUGUUACUGCUACAUCGUGCGAAUUUUGUGUGAACUUGUUUCGGUUUUUUGUUUAUUAUCUGCCGGUGUGUGUGCGUGUGAGUGUUGUGUGUUGUUUUGUUGAUAACGCAGGCACGCACAGGACGCAGAGGACGAUGAUGCAGCGUCGCAUUGCAACGUCGUCGCGGCCGUCGCUGUUUUAGUCGCUCUUUCGAGGAGGUUUGGUGAUUCGAACGCGGCUCGCGGUUGUUGUUGUUCGCGGUGAAGAUGUGCAGUGUCGUGUGGCGACUUUUGUGUAGGAGCAUGUCACAUGGAUAUUUAUUACACUUUUUCCUUCUGUUGCUCAACUUAUUACAGUGCGCGCAUGGCUCCGGUUUCUUUGAACUGCAGGUGCUGGAGAUGGUCAACCCGCUUGGGGAGCUGACGAACCGGGAGUGUUGUGGAAAUGCCGGCGGCGCUGGCGUCGGAAACGGCAUCGGCAUCAUGCAGCGUGCCUCGCUGGCAUCGCGCUGUACGACGCCGUGCAAUACUUUCUUCCGGCUUUGUCUCAAAGAGUAUCAGAGCAAUGUGACCAGCACCGGGUCGUGUUCCUUCGGGAACACAUCCAGUCCGGUGUUAGGUCGUGAUACCUUCACUCUCGCUGAUCCUGAACGCGGAAAACUCGUCUUGCCAUUCAGCUUUCGAUGGACGAGAUCUUUCACACUCAUCUUACAAGCAGUGGACCACAAUAACUAUUCAGAUCCAGUGAGUAACAACCUGAUAGAAGAAGCCACGUAUUCAGGGAUCAUCGAUCCGAGUGCAGAUUGGCAUACGUUGGACUUCAAAGGGAGGCAGGCGAGGUUGACUUAUCGAGUACGAGUACAGUGCAAUACACAUUAUUAUAAUGCAACGUGUACGAAAUUCUGCCGUCCGCGAGAUGACAAGUUUGGACACUACAUGUGUGAUUCAAACGGCGACAAGGUGUGCAUCGAUGGAUGGAAGGGCAACAAUUGUGAGACGGCUAAAUGUAAAGAUGGAUGCCAUUCAGAGCAUGGAAAGUGCGAUAAUCCAUGGGAAUGCAAUUGUCGAAUUGGAUGGCGUGGCGAAUUCUGCGAUCAGUGUGAACCGUAUCCAGGAUGUAAGCACGGCUACUGCAAUGGUUCCUCAUGGCAGUGCAUAUGUGAUACCAAUUGGGGUGGCAUCCUCUGCGAUCAGGAUUUAAAUUCAUGCGGGACACGUGAACCGUGUCAAAAUGGCGGAACUUGCGAAAAUACCGCCCCUGAUAAUUACCGUUGCACCUGCCCCGAGGGAUUCUCUGGAACCAAUUGUGAGGUGGUGGACAACCCUUGUGCGCCUGCGCCGUGUCAACAUGGUGGCACAUGUAUGGAGGCGGCUGGCAGCUUCACGUGCGAAUGCGUGCCUGGAUGGACGGGACCCACGUGCGAGAUAGAUAUUGAUGAAUGCGCCUCGUCUCCGUGCCAGAAUGGCGGUACCUGCAUUAAUCUCGAGGAUGCCUUCAGGUGCGACUGUUCUCCUGCAUGGGAGGGCAACCUGUGCCAAUUUGACGCCAACGAGUGUCUGCUGGAUCCGUGCAUCAACGCAGUGGCGUGCACUAAUCGUGUCGGCGACUAUCACUGCCAGUGUCGCGUUGGCUGGGCCGGCCACAAUUGCAAUCAGAACAUCAACGAUUGCGUCGGCCAGUGCCAGCACGGCGCGACGUGCAUCGAUCUCGUCAACGACUAUCAUUGCGCCUGCCCACCUGGAUAUACAGGCCGCGACUGCGCCACGGACAUCAACGACUGUGCCUCGAAUCCGUGCAAAAAUGGCGGCGAAUGCGAUGAUCAAGUCAACGCCUUUCGAUGCAUCUGUCCCGUGGGAUUCACCGGCCACGAAUGCGAGAACGACCAUGACCACUGCAGCCCCAAUCCUUGCGAGAACGACGCCCCGUGCCUUAACACACAAAGCGAUUACUACUGCCAUUGCCACGAGCGUUGGCAGGGAAAGAACUGCAGUACUCCGCGGAUUGUCUGCGAUAAUCCACCAUGCGACGAUGGAUUCGACUGUAUGUUGUCGUCACUGGUUGGCGGCCGACUCUCUGACGUUGACAUGUGCGGGGAACAUGGCCAGUGCGUCAAUCAUCUAGGCUUCGGGUACCGGUGUUCCUGUAAACCGGGCUAUACAGGGAAAUACUGUCAUGAGAAUAUUAAUGACUGCAAGGCGAAUCCUUGCGAAAAUGGCGGCACUUGUAUUGACAAAAUCAACGACUUUCAAUGUAUUUGUAAAGAUGGCUGGGAGGGAGCUCUGUGCAAUAUAAAUACAGACGAAUGCAGUGCAACUCCUUGCCAUAACAAUGGAACUUGUAUUGACAAAGUGGCUGACUUCCAAUGCGACUGCCGUAAUGGCUGGAAAGGUAAAACAUGUCAAUUGAAAGACAGCCAUUGCGAUCAUUCUACGUGCAAAAAUGGUGGCACGUGCCAAGAUUUAGGCAACACUUUUGUGUGUCGAUGCCCUGCUGGUUUUGACGGAACAACAUGCCACCUAUCCAAGAGAACCGCGUGUCGUUCAAAUCCUUGUCUCAAUGGUGGUACUUGCGUUAACAAUGGCGAUUAUUAUCAGUGUUUGUGUCGAGAAGGAUUUGAAGGUAACCAUUGUCAGGAAGACGUCAACGAUUGCAAUCCACAACCCUGCUACAAUGGCGGAAAAUGCAUCGAUGGAGUCAACUGGUUCUGGUGUCAGUGCGUCAAUGGUUUCACUGGUCCUGAUUGCCGAAUCAACGUUAACGAUUGCGCCUCUAAUCCUUGCGGGUAUGGUGCAACGUGUGUGGAUGGUAUUGCAGAUUUUCAAUGCAUCUGUCCCCCUGGAAAACGUGGUAAACGUUGUCAAUUUGAUGAUAUCUCGUACUUACCACUUCCGGGAAGCUGCAACUGGCAAGGACAUUUUCUGGAGAACAAUUCAACAUGGCAGCACGAGUGCAACACGUGCGUUUGCAUCAACGGAGCUGUAAAAUGCACGCGCAUCUGGUGUGGGCUGGGUAAUUGCCGCGCUGGACACAACAACCCUAACUAUCUCUGUAAUAACAAUCAAGUUUGCGUACCGAUGACGGAAACAUGUCUCACACCACCGUGCCAUCCAUAUGGCGAAUGUCGUGAUUUGGAAAGUGGGCGACGUGUGAAACCUCCUUCACUUCCUGCGCCGAGUUCCUGUUGGCCUAAUCAAGCAAUUUUGAGUAACACAUGCGCACGUCUUACUCUUUUGGUGGACAGGAGUAAACUUCCCAGAGGUGUUACCGUUGAAGGGCUCUGUAAUGAUCUUCGACGUUUAUUGGCAAAUUAUGAACUAGCCAAUGAUUCUCUCAAUGAUUUAGUUUUGCUUUGCGACUUAAAACUGGAGUAUAACGAUUCAGUUGAAGUUACUUUAAGUGGAAAUGAUGGUGUUAUCGAUGGAAUUCGUAUCCUUGGGGAAGCAAUUUCACGCAAGCAAACUUCGUUAUUAGCUCUCACGUCUAUAGUAGAAGUUAAAGUUGAGACUGCUUUGGUAUCUGAAGAACCAUCCAGCAAUAAAUACCUAAUAACGUUAGUUUUCUUCCUCAUCAUACUUCUCUGCGCUGCUGGGCUUUCAGUUCUAUACUUUUUGCGUCAACGCAGACGGAAUUUAGGCCUUAGUGGAAUGAAUCUAUCACCAAGCUCGGAAUCUUGCCAUAGGAAUCAUGAAGAUGAAAAGAAUAAUCUACAGAAUGAAGAAAACCUCCGAAGAUAUGCGAAUCCUUUAAAGGAUGAUGUUGGAAGUUUAGCUAGCAUCAACACUGUGGCGGGUUGUGGGCUGGAUAUGCCUAAAGUAAGUGUAGUGCGGCCAAUUUCUUCAAUACUGCCGCAUGAAUCAUCCAGUGAGAUGCUCGAGAUGAUCUCUGAAACGGAGUGCGCUGGAUCACGCAAGGGAAUGCUUGUUGCACCCGGUACCAGCUCAGAGCAUUCGCUGAAGAUCAACGACAUUGCCUUCCAUGACGGCCUUAAACCGGCGCACCGCAGCAGUCAGAUCAUGCUCUACAAGGCGCAGAAUCCUGACGUACGGAAAAACACAGCCGCCUUUGACGACUCUUCCGGCCACAAGGACUUCAGUAAGAGUGUGAUCAAUGUGAACAAACCACGGACAUCGUCGCAACAUACGCACGGUUGCGGCAGUGCAAGCGCGGAUGUGCUCACGGUGCUAGUUUAAAUUUGCUAGAGUAGCACCGCUCACGGAGGGGCCAGUGUAAUAAAUAGUAAAGUAAUGUCAAGCCAAUGUUAGGCAAAUCUAAACAAUGUAAAUCGAGGCAAUGUGUAGUCGAGCCGAACCGAUAAUAUCGAUAAUGUGACACAAUAUUUUCUUCCUCACAUUUUAGAAUGUCACUUUCUCGCCAGAAUAUUUUGAUAAGUGCUAGCUGCAAGCUGUAAGCAAGCUAUUUAUGAUCUCGUGAUGAUAUGAUGAAAGAAAAUUAAAUGACGACAAGAUUAUGUAUGUAUUUAUCGAUGUAUCUGAUAUAUCUGAUGGACGUCACAAAUCACGAUCGGUUUGUCUCUUUAGUGUGAUAUUAUUUAAUACUUGAGUUUGUUUUUCUUUCCUGCGCAAUUUUGUUAGCAAAUCUCUAUAGUUCUACUAUUUUUGCAAGGUUCAUGCAUUUCUGUUGAACUUAAACUUGUGGAGAGAGCACAUAAAUGCAGGAACCAACUUAUUUAAUUAAAAUACGGCAAUCAUGAUGAAUGUUGAACGCGAUGAUUGGUGUAAAUAUUUUUGUUUUUUGAUUUUUUAUAGUAUUUUAUGUUUUUGCGUAUGUAUUUAUUUAUAAUUUGUUCCUGAUAUACAUGUAAACUAUUGUAGUUUAUUAUAAUUUUUGCCGGAGAAAGAAAGAAGUUCUAUGAAACGUAAAGAAAAUCUGUAAAGUUGUAACUGUUUUACAUCUCGACGUCGAAUGGAAACUAUUGCGACUUCAUUGGCAAAUGCAAUCGUCGAAAUGUAGAACAGAGUUAUAUUUAUAGUGAUACUGUACUAAGUUAAGCGACAAUUGUACAUAUGUAUAUAUUAAGAGAUUAUUAAUUGAUUGCGCGAUACGUCGCGACAGAUUUAUAGAAAUUUAGCUAUUCCAUAUUGAUAAUACUGUAAUUUAUGAUAUGUAAGUGACGGCGCAUGUUGAAUUUUCGAUUAUCUGUGUCUUAUUUGCGCGUACUUAUCGAUGGCAUUCACACUCACUGUUUCGUUAACGGGACUUAACAUCGAACGUUUAAGAGAACGUUGCAAAUGUUAAUAAUCAUUAAGUAUUCUUAAAGAGAAUAUCGUAAAUAUCGUCGAUUGUUGCGAAAACAGGCGAUACUAACAUUUCAAGUGACGAAAUUUUAGAUUUAAUUAAUUCUAUUUUAAACUAUUUAUAAAAGAUAAUUGUAUGUUGUAUAGAUAACUUCUGUUCCCGGCUAAAUAGUCUAGCGUUUAAUUAGUUCUUAAAGUUUAAUAGAGACCAAGGCGAUAAAUAUCUGAUAUAUAAUUGAUGUAUAUUAUGUAAAGAAGAUAAUUUCAUGAAUGUACUAAUUUUAUAAAAAUUGAUUCAGAUAAAAAAUAUUGAAAAUA